ACAUGGCGGCGGAUCUGUGCGCGGAGCGGCUGCGCUCGCUGCCGGCCGGCUGGAGCUACGGGAUCAGCCGCGGCGGCCGCGUCUUCUUCAUCAACGAGGAAGCCAAGAGCACCACCUGGCUGCACCCGCUGACGGGCGAGGCGGUGAUCACCGGACACCGGUGCAGCCCAGACCUACCGACCGGCUGGGAAGAAGCCUACACUUUUGAAGGGGCGAGGUACUACAUAAAUCAUAAUGAACGAAAAGUGACCUGCAAGCAUCCAGUCACAGGGCAGCCGUCGCAAGACAACUGCAUUUUUGUUGUGAAUGAACAGACAGCGGCGACGAUGUCGUCUGAAGAAAAGAAGGACCGGCCGAUAAACAUGAUAAGCGAAGCCGCUCACUACAAUUUGACGUCCGAUUAUUCUGCACAUCCAAUGAGUCCGCUGGGCAGAACAUCCCGCUCUUCAAAGAAAGUGCAUAAUUUUGGGAAGAGGUCAAAUUCGAUAAAGAGGAACCCCAACGCUCCUGUCGUUAGACGAGGAUGGCUUUACAAGCAGGACAGCACUGGCAUGAAGCUUUGGAAGAAACGGUGGUUUGUUCUUUCCGACUUGUGCCUCUUCUACUAUCGGGAUGAAAAAGAAGAAGGAAUAUUGGGAAGUAUACUUCUUCCCAGCUUUCAGAUAGCCAUGCUUUCUUCUGAGGAUCACAUCAACCGCAAAUAUGCCUUUAAGGCAGCUCAUCCAAACAUGAGGACCUAUUAUUUCUGCACAGAUACAGCGAAGGAAAUGGAGUUAUGGAUGAAAGCCAUGAUAGAUGCCGCGCUCGUCCAGACAGAGCCUGUGAAAAGAGCAGACAAGGUAACUGCUGAAAACACACUGCCUCGUGAGGUGAAUAACAUCGCAAACCACCGGGUGCUAAUUAAACCGGAGGCGCAGAAUAAUCAGCGAAACAAAGAAGUGAGCAAAAUGGAGGACAAGAAGGCCUUGGAGGCGGAAAAAUACGGCUUUCAGAAAGUGGGGCGUGACAGGCCCUUAACAAAAAUCAACAGCGUGAAGCAGAAUCCUUUAGGGUCAGAGUAUGGGACUUUGCCGGCGAGCACAGUUCCGUCAGGACACUACCGGCCGGUUCAUCUCAACGGGUCAGAGAAAGCUGUCAAUCUGAUUCUGGCGGACUCCGGAGAUGGGAUCCAUCACAACGCCAUUCACUCGCACAUAGAGUCCGAGCGAGUGAUACAGAGGACAAAUUCAAUGCUGCAGUUGGAACAGUGGAUUAAAAUACAGAGAGGAAAAGGUCAAGAGGAAGAAACAAGGGGUAUCCUUUCAUAUCAGACGUUACCAAGGAACAUGCCAAGCCAUCGAGCCCAGGCGCUUCCUCGGUAUCCCGAAGGUUAUCGCACCCUCCCAAGAAACGCCAAAACCCGGCCCGAAAGCCUCUGCAGCAUGACGCCAUCCGUUUACGACAAGACCCUCACGACCCUCCCGCCCGAAGACAAGAGGCGAUCAAUGCGGGACGACACCAUGUGGCAACUCUAUGAAUGGCAGCAGCGGCAGUUUUACAAUAAGCAAACGACUCUGACGAGACAUGGUACUUUAAGCAGCCCCAAAACCAUGAUUAAUAUCUCUGAUCAGACCGUGCAUAUGAUUCCCACGUCACCCUCCCAUGGUUCAAUAGCAGGUUUCCAAGGCUACUCCCCGCAGCGGAACUACCGGUCCGAAGUGUCCUCGCCGGUGCAAAGAGGAGACGUCACAAUUGACCGCAGGCAUAGGCCGCAUCAUAACAAGCAGCACGUCUUUGUGCCUGACAGAAGGUCGAUGCCAGCGGGUCUGAGUGUGCAGCCUAUUAGUCCCCAGAGCUUGCAAGGCAAAACGCCAGAGGAACUCACGCUGCUGCUUAUAAAGCUGAGAAGGCAGCAAGCCGAACUGAGUAGUAUCCGGGAACACACGUUAGCGCAACUCAUGCAACUAAAACUCGAGGCCAGCAGCCCAAAGAAUGAGAUUCUUUCUCAUCAUCUACAAAGGAAUGCCAUAUAUUUGGAUCAUCAGAUGAAAGAGAAUGAACCUUUAAUCUUCAUGGUUCACACUAUGAUUGAGAACUCGGCGCUAAGACCACAACUGUACCAUCAACUGUCACAAGAUGAAUGUCGGAGUACUCUGUACAAAUACAGAUCGGAAGAGGUGGAUAUUGAUGCGAAGCUGAGCCGGUUGUGCGAACAGGACAAAUUGGUGCAAGCCCUGGAAGAGAAGCUCCAGCAGCUGCACAAGGAAAAAUAUACGCUUGAGCAAGCUUUGCUAUCAGCUAGUCAAGAGAUAGAAAUGAAUGCGGAAAACCCGGCCGCCAUACAAAAUGUCAUCUUGCAGAGGGAUGAUUUACAGAAUGGACUCCUUAGCACUUGUCGAGAAGUGUCUCGAGCCACCGCAGAGCUCGAGAGAGCUUGGCGGGAGUAUGACAAAUUAGAGUACGACGUAACAGUGACGAAGAACCACAUGCAGGAGCAACUGGAGCGGCUGGGGGAAGUUCAGACCGAGUCUGCCGGCAUACAGCGUGCUCAAAUUCAGAAGGAGCUUUGGCGGAUCCAGGAUGUCAUGGAAGGUUUGAGUAAACAUAAGCAGCAGAGGAACAGCACCACAGAGGCAGGCAUCGUUGCAUCAAAGGCUUUUUCUUCUAAGUAUAAAAAUGAGGAAGAGGAAGUAGUCCCACCUCGUCCUCCACUCCCUCGGUCCUAUGACUUUGCAGAGCCUCCUCCUAUAAUCCCCCCUCUGCCCAGUGAUAGCAGCUCCUUGCUCUGUUAUAGCAGGGGCCCCGUCCAUCUGCCCGAAGAGAGGAAGAUUCACCAAGUGCAAGGAUACCAAAGGAACGGAACUCACUGCGGUCCCGAUUACAGACUUUACAAAAGCGAGCCUGAACUCACAACUGUGGCUGAAGUGGAUGAAUCCAACGGGGAGGAAAAGGCCGAGCCGGUUUCGGAGUCAGAAGCUUCUACAACAAAAGGCUCUCAUUUUCCAAUCGGAGUUGUGCCUCCCAGAACCAAGUCUCCGACUCCAGAAUCUUCAACCAUAGCCUCUUACGUGACUCUAAGGAAAACUAAGAAGAUAGACCUAAGGACGGAAAGGCCGAGAAGCGCAGUGGAGCAGCUGUGCUUGGCAGAAACCGUCCGCCCUCGAAUGACCGUGGAGGAGCAGAUGGAAAGAAUAAAGAGGCACCAACAGGCUUGUCUGAGAGAGAAGAAAAAGGGGCUGAAUAUUCUCGGGGCCUCGGAUCUGUCCCCUUCGCAAAGCCCGUCCCUGGCUAGAGAGAACCCUUUCAGGUUGCCUCAGAACCAAAGGAAGGAGGACUUCAUGAGGGUGACCAAGGAAUUGGAGAAUGCCCUUAAAGCCAAUGACUUGAGCCCCAGCCAUCAAAACUGUGCAGACACCCCUUGGCUGAAAGACGACGGUCACACGGAGGAGCGUAAUACUGCACAGUUACCAAAAAGUGACGGUCUCCUAUCAUCAGAGGGGUCUGCUACGUCAAAGGAAGAGAAUCCUAAGGAGGUUGCAGAGAAACCAAAAGAACUCGAAGAGAUACAAGAGUAUGUGCGCAGCCCAAAGAACGAGGCCCCCGUUGCAAACCACAAACCUGAAAGCAGCCCCGAAGAGAGUGAGGAAGCCAGCAUUCAAGAGCAGGAUGAUCCGAUUUCUUCCUUCGAGAUGCCAGCACAGACUUCGAGAGGAAACUCCACAGCAGGAGCUCUCCCGGCUUCUGCCGAAACGAUUCAUGGCUGACAUACCAGUGGACCCCGUGGAGAUAAGAGAAGAUAUUGUACAGUCAGUUUUAUGAAAUCUAUGAAAUUCAUAGUUCUGAUGCUUUUGGCCACAGAGCAUCGUUUUAUCACUUCAUGGAAAAUGUUUAUUCCGAGGAGCUUUAAAAUGCCCCCAACGGUACCUUCAAUCAUUUGGAGAUUGUCCUUCCGACACCAGCUGCUGCUAUGAUUUCCAACCACGUAAUUCUGGGUUCUUUUGACGUGCGGCCUACAAUCAGAACUUUUGC